UUGAUCUUGCCUCUCGGCACAAAGGCCCAUCAUUUCGACCAUCCUCACUGCUAUUCCCAGGUAGAUCCAGGCACUUUGGCCAUCACCGGCGCCCCAGUUAUGUCCUGUAAGCAUGAGGAGCGACUGAAUUCGGCUUAUACUUGGACUGGUGAUACUGCAUUGUGCGGCCCUCGCUGCUUGGGCAACAAAAAAGCUGCUGGCGUCUGUUGGCGACGUGAAUGGCGCAGGGGGGGCACAGAACCUGCAGGAAUUCAAUCAGGCGGAGUCAGGCCCGUCUCUGUGAAGAAACAUAAUUACCUCGACGCCAGGGCGAGAAUGGCCCAUGCCAUGGCCUUGUCAAUCGUGCCAUCUCUAAUUUUACGUAAGAGAGUCGGCUUGUGA